AUGGAGUUAUCUCAUGUUAGAGAGCCAAGUGCAGAGGAAAUAUUUCCAGAUGAGAUAAUUGAUGCAUCAUAUGAAGUUGAUGAAAACAAAGAAGAAUCAAGAGAAAGCAAAGAAUUAGAGGGAUCUCAAGGAAGUAGUGAAGAAAGUACUAUUACAAGCCAAAUUGAAGCAACAACGGAGACAAGCUCAACUUUUAAUGAAUUUAGUGGAGGUGAGCUUAAGAAAGAGCAUGUUGAUCAUCAAGAUUCAUCUAUUACUGAGCAAAAUGAACACUCGAGAAGAAAUGAGGAUGAAGGUGAACUUUUGACAUCAAACGAAAAUGGAGUAAAUUAUAGUCCAAAGGAAGCAAUUUCUGAUUCAUUUUCUACCACUUGUCAAGAAGAUACCUAUGAACAUUCAAGAUUAGAAGAAGAUAUGAAAUUUGCACCACAAAUUGAGGAUGAUGAAUCUGCUUCCAAGGAGGAGAAAAAAGUUGAGGCCGACAAUGUUAUUGAUCAUUCAAAUAACACAAAAGGUGACGAGAUCAAAGAAGACGUGCCUCAAUCAGAGACAGCAGAACAUUCCAAGGAGGAGAAAAAAGUUGAGGCCGACAAUGUUAUUGAUCAUUCAAAUAAUACAAAAGGUGACGAGAUCAAGGAAGACGUGCCUCAAUCAGAGACAGCAGAACAUUCCAAGGAGGAGAAAAAAGUUGAGGCCGACAAUGUUAUUGAUCAUUCAAAUAACACAAAAGGUGACGAGAUCAAAGAAGACGUGCCUCAAUUAGAGACAGCAGAACAUUCCAAGGAGGAGAAAAAAGUUGAGGCCGACAAUGUUAUUGAUCAUUCAAAUAACACAAAAGGUGACGAGAUCAAAGAAGACAUGCCUCAAUCAGAGACAGCAGAACAUUCCAAGGAGGAGAAAAAAGUUGAGGCCAACAAUGUUAUUAAUCAUUUAAAUAACACAAAAGGUGACGAGAUCAAAGAAGACGUGCCUCAAUCAGAGACAGCAGAACAUUCCAAGGAGGAGAAAAAAGUUGAGGCCGACAAUGUUAUUGAUCAUUCAAAUAACAAAAAAGGUGACGAAAUCAAAGAAGACGUGCCUCAAUCAGAGACAGCAGAAAAUUCCAAGGAGGAGAAAAAAGUUGAGGCCGACAAUGUUAUUGAUCAUUCAUAUAACACAAAAGGUGACGAGAUCAAAGAAGACGUGCCUCAAUCAGAGACAGCAGAACAUUCCAAGGAGGAGAAAAAAGUUGAGGCCGACAAUAUUAUUGAUCAUUCAAAUAACACAAAAGGUGACGAGAUCAAAGAAGACGUGCCUCAAUCAGAGACAGCAGAACAUGAUGGCACGGUGCUAUCAAGCUCAAUAGAGUCUGAACUAGGAUAA